CUCCUCCUCCUCCUUUCCUGCCUGAUAACAUCACCCUGGGGGGAACGUGAUGAGCUCCUGGGUGUCAGCCAGCUUCACUUUCCUUCUGGACACCAUGACAUCAUCUCUGGCCUGGAAGUUCCAUUGGCCUCCAGUGCCCCCGCCUCUGUCCCAGCCCUCAGAGGUCCUAUAAAGAGGGGAUCCCAACUCAGCAUCAGCACAGAACACAGCAGGGUUCUGGAGCUUCUGGGGUCUGCAGUCUCAGCUCCGAGAAAGCCUCUUCUCCGCCGAGACCAUGAAGCUCUGCGUGACUGUCCUCUCACUCCUCGUGCUCGGGGCCGCCUUCUGCUCUCCCGCGCUCUCAGCACCGAUGGGCUCAGACCCCCCCACCGCCUGCUGCUUCUCCUACACCACGCGGCAACUUCCUCGAGACUUUGUGGUGGAUUACUACGAGACCAGCAGCCUGUGCUCCCAGCCAGCUGUGGUAUUCCAGACCAAGAGGGGCAGACAAGUCUGUGCCAACCCCAGUGAGCCCUGGGCCCAGGAGUACAUCAACGACCUGGAGCUGAGCUGAGCUGAGCCGCCCCGGGCGCAGGGCCGGGUCUCCAGGGGAGGCUGCCGGAGCCUGGCGCUUCUCAAGCCAGAUGCACUUUCUCCUCGUUCACCACCCCUCCCAGUGGUCCCCGUCCCUUCUCGUAAUUUAAUCUUUAUGAUGUGCUGUGUUGUCGUGUUUGGCGUUGUUUCCAUAAUUUAUGUUGGUUUUACCGAAGGACACAUGUCCCCCUCGGUGACGGUCCAUCCGCACUGUUUGUCUGCUCUUGCACCUACGCAGGUAAUGCAGGCGCUUCUGUGUUUUCAUAAUAAAGCUGAAAAAAUA